AUGUCGUCUCUCUCAAGAGCCUUUACCACCCGUCGGGUCAAGAACAGCAUCGAUCUCUCCGACGCUGCGCGGGGAAAGGAGCGCAGCAAUGUUAUGCAACGAAGCAAGACUACUAAAGGCCAACCCGUCAUCAGGCACAAGAUCUCUGCGCCCAUGGAGCUCGUUCACACCACCAACAUGCUUUCCUACAACGCUCCCGAUAUCCGACCCCGAACCGGAACCGACGCGUCCAGCAACUCAUCAAGGAAGUCAUCGGAGGAGGAUUCGGAAAGCGCCAAGUCAGCCGCGUCUUCUCCCCCAACCAGCCCCGAUGUUUCGCCUCACGAGCUGUCCAAGGAAUCGAACCACUUGUCCUGCUUCUUCGUCGCCCCCAGUUCUGCCAUGAACCCUUCCGCGAUCCCCGAGGUCCCCGCCGUUCCCACUAUCCCAAAGCGCGCGCCCUCGCACACAAAGCAGGCUUCAUAUGACGCCGUCGCCCGACAGCGUUCCCUCUCCCAAUUGUCGAAAGCCUCGGACAAAACAGUUUCCUCCAAGGCCAGCAUGACAUUCUCCUCGCGGGCGUCCUCUGGUUCCAGCGCCGCCUCGACCAUUUCUCACAACUCGGUCGCCCCCGCGCUCAAGGCCCCCGUACCGCCGAUGCCUACUCCCGCAUUCCAGCAACAGCAACAAUCGAGACAGGACAAGUUGUCUGCCGAGUCGCACCCCUUUGGCCGCGAACUAGCUCAGGUCACGGAAAUCGCCGAAGAGUUUGGCAUCAAGGACGAUGUCAUGUACGAGGAGGAGCGCGCUCUGAAGGCCGAAGGUCUCUGCAAGUUUGCCGCAGAAGAUUAUCUUGCCGAGGUUCAAAGCCUCUUCGCCAGCUUCUUCACCGACAGCCACACACCCCAACGCUCGAUGGCUGCUGCAUGGAUCUGA